GGAACCAAAAUUCAAAAUUACGAAAGGAUUUUUUUUAAAAACGGAGAACAGAAGACCAGCCAGCGUGAUGAGAGAGAGAGAGAGAGAGAGAGAGAGAGAGAGAGAGUGUAUAAUAGGAGUCGUAGCUCCCAAAAAUACCAACCAGAGAGAGAGAGAACGGAGGACAGCGUCGUCAUUUCGAGGCAACAAACGGAUCUCACAGUUGCGUGCGUGAAGAGAGAGAGAGAGAGAGAGAGAGAGAGAGAGAAACACAACUCACUCACAGAGAGUGACUUUUUAGAGAGAGAGAGAGUUGUGUGUCCGGAUUCUUCGCUCUGUUUCUCGAUUUUUUUUCCUUGAUUCGAGCAAUUUGGUUUGGUCAAACAAUGGAGAGAACAACUCCGGUGAGAAAGCCUCACACUUCCACGGCAGAUCUGCUCGUCUGGUCCGAAAUACCCCCGGCCGACACACCCGCCGACGCUCCUCGCUCCAACGCCCGCUCCCACCAGCCGUCGGAUGGGAUCAGUAAGGUGGUGUUCGGAGGACAGGUCACGGACGAAGAAGUCGAGAGCUUGAACAAAAGGAAACCUUGUUCAGGGUACAAAUUAAAGGAGAUUACUGGUAGCGGCAUUUUUGCUGCUGGUUCAGAAAAUGGUACAGAAGAAUCUGAUGCCAACCCUAUCCCAAAUAGGCGCAUGUACCAGCAAGCGGUUGCUGGAAUCAGUCACAUCUCAUUUGCCGAAGAAGAAGCUGUCUCUCCCAAGAAGCCUACGGCACCGGCUGAGGUUGCAAAGCAGCGAGAGUUGAGUGGGACACUAGAUAGUGAAUCCGAGGCAAAGUUGAAGAAGCAACUUUCUGAUGCUAAGUGCAAGGAGCUUAGUGGGCAUGACAUCUUCGCCCCGCCUCCAGAAAUUCAACCACGGCCAUUGGCUGCUCGAGCAUUGGCGUUAAGGGAAAGCAUAGAAAUUGGAGAAUCUGCACCAAUUAAUGUAUCCUCAGCUGUUAAAGUGUCUAACCCUGGUGGAGGUCCAGGCAAUGGUACCAGUGAGGAAGCUGUAAUCAAAACCGCGAAGAAGAUUCCUACCCAGAAAUUUGCAGAGCUGAGCGGAAAUAACAUUUUCAAAGGAGAUGCUAACCCAACAUCUGCUGAGAGAUCAUUGAGUUCAGCUAAACUGCGAGAGAUCAGUGGCAAUGAUAUUUUUGCCGAUGGGAAGGCAGAAUCUCGCGACUACUUUGGGGGGGUACGUAAGCCUCCGGGUGGCAGCAGCAGCAUUGCUUUGGUUUAACUUGUUUUAGGGGCUUAACUCACUUACUUUUACAUCUUCUUUUACUAAAGUGCCUGGUUUUAUCUUAUCUCUAGGGAAAAUAAUUUCCUGUGAUUUAACCUUGUGUUAUGGGUUUUGGUGUGUCCUGGUAUUUAACAUGUCAACUAGAGCUAUGGAUAAACGGCUAAUUGGGUUGUAUGUCCAUAAUCUCGUAUUCUCCUGGUACUUGUCUGGACGGAUUGCAUUGGAGUCGUGGUUUGUGGUUGCUUUGAAACCUCGUGUAGUAUUCUUGUUGCAGAUUUGGGCUAUAAACUGAUAAUUAUUUGUGUCUGAAA